CACCCCCCACCAUUUCAUUUCAUUUCAACAAAACAAUGGCGUCUGUGAUAUGGCUCUGGUUUCUACUAGCAUCAUCAUACACCGUCACAGCCACAGCCAAACAAACCUACAUUGUCCAAUUGAAACAUCAACCAAAUCCCAAACCACACCUCACCCAUCUCCAAUCUCUCACCUCCGCCACCCCCGACGCCCUCCUCUACUCCUACACCACCGCCUACAACGGAUUCGCCGCCUUCUUAGAUCCUCACCAAGCUCAGGCCCUUAGGGAAUCCGACUCCGUCCUCGGAGUUUACGAGGACACUCUUUACCAACUUCACACCACUCGGACCCCUCACUUUUUAGGGAUCCAGGACGAUGACGAGAUGGGCUUCUUUUCUGGUCAGCAGUUCAACGCUGCUGCCAAUGACGUCAUCAUCGGCGUGCUUGAUACCGGCGUCUGGCCUGAGUUGAAGAGCUUUGACGAUUCCUUCAUGCCACCCGUGCCUGCCAGGUGGCGUGGUGAGUGUGAACAGGAUGAGGAUUUCAACGCCACCGCAUGCAAUAACAAACUUAUAGGGGCCCGCAAGUUCUACAAUGGCUUUCAAAUGGCAGCUGGAGGAGGGAUACUGGCUGAAAAGCUGUCACCCCGUGACCACGACGGUCACGGCACACACACGUCAACAACGGCGGCGGGGAGUGAAGUGGGUAACGUCAGUCUGUUUGGGUACGCGAGAGGCAGGGCGCGUGGAAUGGCUGUCCAUGCAAGGGUCGCCAGUUACAAAGUCUGUUGGAAAUUGGGUUGUUUUGGUUCCGAUAUCCUGGCAGCUAUGGACAAGGCCAUCUCCGACGGUGUGGAUGUCUUGUCUUUGUCUCUGGGCAGCAGUUCUAUCCCAUAUUAUCGAGACACCAUUGCAGUUGGUGCCUUCAAAGCCAUGGAAAAAGGUGUCUUUGUGUCCUCUUCUGCGGGAAACGCCGGCCCAGCAAAGGCCUCGGUUGCCAAUGUGGCUCCCUGGAUGAUGACCGUCGGUGCGGGCACUCUUGAUCGCGAUUUCCCCGCUUAUGCAUUACUCGGAAAUGGAAGACGGUAUAGCGGAGUGUCCCUGUAUAGUGGGAAAGGCAUGGGAGAUAAGCAAGUGGAGUUGGUUUAUCUACGGAAUAAUGGUUCGGCUAAUUUGUGUUUAGUGGGAUCUCUUGAACCGGAUGUUGUACGUGGUAAGGUUGUCUUUUGUGACAGAGGAGUCAGCCCCCGGGCUGAAAAGGGUAUGGUUGUGAAGCAAGCGGGCGGGAUCGGGAUGAUACUCGCAAACACUGCGGCCAGUGGAGAAGAAUUGGUGGCGGACAGCCAUAUCUUGCCUGCGGUGGCUGUGGGAAGAAAGGUCGGCGACGAGAUUAGAGAAUACUUGAAAUCCGAGGCCAAACCCACGGCUGUUCUGAGCUUUGGUGGGACGGUGUUGGGAGUGAAGCCAUCGCCUGUGGUGGCCGCGUUUAGCUCCAGGGGACCUAAUACGGUAACGCCACAGAUAAUGAAGCCCGACGUGAUUGGACCUGGUGUCAACAUCUUGGCUGGAUGGUCUGGUGUUGCUGGGCCUACCGGGUUAGAAGCUGAUACCCGGAGAACUCGGUACAACAUACUGUCGGGUACAUCCAUGUCGUGCCCGCAUAUCAGCGGCCUAGCGGCCCUGCUCAAAUCAGCACAUCCAAAAUGGAGCCCAAGUGCCAUCAAGUCCGCACUCAUGACCACUGCGUACACUGUGGACAACACCAACUCAAUGCUACGUGAUGCAGCCCAUGGCCAGUUUUCGACCCCCUGGGCCCAUGGAGCUGGCCAUGUUGACCCACACAAAGCGCUCUCACCCGGCCUUGUCUAUGAUAUAUCAACGAAAGAGUACAUUGCUUUUUUGUGCUCUUUGGACUACACCAUGAAGCAAGUGGAAGCCGUUGUCAAUCGUCCAAACUUGAAUUGUACAUGGAGAUUUAGGGACCCCGGGCAAUUGAACUACCCUUCCUUUUCUAUUAUGUUUGGGAAAUCUCGAGUGGUUCGAUACACUCGUAGGCUCACUAAUGUUGGGUCAGCCGGAUCUGUGUAUGAUGUGGUGGUGGACGCACCUCAAGGUGUUGAAGUGGAUGUGAAACCGAAACAGCUUGUUUUCAAGAAUGUGGGGGACAGGAUGCGGUUUACGGUUACAUUUGUGUCAAAGAAGGGUGUGAAUACAAGUAGAGAUGAUGCUUUCGGCUAUAUAACUUGGAAAAACGGUGAAAACCAAGUUAGGAGCCCUGUUGCUUUUAGUUGGGUAUAACAUGUAUAACUUUUAUAUCCAUGGUUAUGGUUAUGGUUAGCAGGUAAACUUAAGUGAAUAUAAAAGGAUAAAAGAUCCUUUUCUUUUUA